GCCGAGCGCGAGCGGGACGAGACCGCGGAGCGGCUGCGCAGCGCCAAACGCGGCAUGGGCGGUUUGGAGACGUCCUUGAGGUAUGCGAGGGCCCGCUACGAGUCCUCCCUGACGGAAGAACGAACCGGCGAGGAUCGCGUCUCGAAGGCGACCGGCUCUGUCACGCGUCUGGAGAAUGUGUUGGCAAUGGAGAAGCGAAAGCUUGAGGAGGCUUUCGUCCUCAGCCAGGAACGCCUCCAGGGUCAGAUCAAGGAGGCCGAGGCCGCCCGGAAGGAGUGCAAGUCCCGCUUGGAAGAGCAGGACCCCCCCUGGAAGGCCGCCUCCACAACCACCGCGGUCCAGGUGUCCGUGCUCACAUUUGCGUAA